AAACUAAGGUUGCGCACGUUUUUAUGUAAGAGAAAUGCCCUUGCGGAAACGUACCAAAUUUGCUUAGCAUUCAUGCAUUGCUGUGGUUUGUUCUACGCAGGUGUAUCACAUGAAGUUUUAUUUGAACUGCUGUGUGCUACUGUCAUUGUGCCUUAUGCUGGAUUCCUACAAUCCAUGGUCAGGUUGUCCAGGUGACAAAGACUUCGAUCCAGAUUGCCCGGACGGAUGGAUUGGCUUCGAGAAUAACUGUUAUACGUUCUUUUCUGUUGAUGCGUUAACUUACCUGGCAGCAAAGCAAAAUUGUGAGCGGCAUGGUGCCUUACUUCUUAGUAUCGAUACCAUCCAAGAACACAUAUUCAUUUCAAAGCAAUUGGAAAAUAUUACUGUCACACGAGCAAUGCGUUGGUACACCUCCGGUAUUAUGCGGCCUGAUUCUUUCGGAGAGUUUAUGUGGGAAGGUCAUCCUCUAGCAUUUCAACAGGUCAGGGCUGAAUUACUGCCAAUAUGGAUAGAUGAAGUUCCUAAACCUCAGGACCAGUCAACGUUCCCUCCAGAUAGGAACAGGAUUGUUUAUGGAUCCGAUGGCUCUCGAUGGGGAUGGUACCUAGACACGGCUACUCCUGAGCGGUACUACAUAUGCGAGGCGCCCAAAUCGGCUUCAAACCAGCUUCUGCCAACUGCUAAGUCUCUUUCAUAUGGGGCUGGCAUUCUGGAUCAAAUCAAAAGAGGUCCUUGUUUCAUCAACCAUCCAAAGGAUGUUCUUUACGUCCCAAGACUCAGUUCGGAAACGUUUGCAGAACUAAAGUGCGAGGCCAAUGGAAACCCACAGCCUAUCAUCAAUUGGUAUUCCGUCAGCAUUGAAAGCAGGACGGACUCUUCUGGUCGAACAUACUCUUGGCUGAGAAGGACACUCAUGCUUCCAACGUCCGAUCCACUUGGAAGAAUUGCUAUCAGCGCCGGGUCACUGGUCAUUCAUAAGCCGGAAAGCUCGACUGACUCUCAACUUUUUCAGUGCGAAGCGACUAAUGAGUUAGGUACUGUGCUCAGCCGAACAGCUCGCAUUGUUUUUGGACAACUCGAGACAUCUCCUAAACAACCUCGAAAUGAGAGGAGGGUACUUGCACAUAAAAGCGAGACCCUACCUUGCGAUCCACCAGCACACUCCCCACAAGAUAGUUUACUCUAUACUAUUUACAUGAACAAGAACGGAAACUUAGAACCAGUCAUCCCUGCAUAUCGACCGAACCUCUUUAUUUCCCAGGCAAAAGGACUAAUAGGAUUUUCGGAACUUACGACCAUGGACAGUGGGAUCUAUGUGUGUAUGAUCACAAUGCACUUCAAUGGCGAACGGUUAUACGAUUCCCCGAAAUUGCCAGAUAUGCCCUUUACUGUGCUGUACAGCAACGAACCACGACAAGAACCUCGGAUCUACGAUGACUUUCCAGCUGUUUGGCCUCCUACCCCACAACGGGGACAGUUCGUUCGACUAGAGUGUUUUGCUGCUGGGUAUUCUCAAGUUACUGGUCUUAAAUACAGUUGGCGCCGUCUUGAUGGAACUCCGCUGAGAAUGAACAGCUUGAAAGAUUUCAAUCGUGUUAUUGAACUCCCAAAUGUUCAACCAGAGGACCAAGGAGAGUACGAAUGUAGUGUUGAAGAUUCACUGGGUAAGAAAGCCAUGCCGAAGAAGCUGAAUCUUCGAAUUACGGCCAAACCAUAUUUCACUUCACCUCUUCAAGACACCGUCGUCGACGUUGGGGCAGAUAUAGUUCUCACAUGUGAAGCUGCAGCCAUCCCAGAUCCACAGCACCAGUGGUACCGCAAUAAUCUCUCCGUGUCGGAUUUGAUCGCAGCAGGGAGCCUGGAUCCAACGCGAUAUUCGCUUACACAAACGAACGCAACUAGAUCGAGCUUGCAGAUAUUGAACGCUUCACUCACCGAUUCCGCUAUGUUCACUUGCCUUGCCUGGAACAACUUGGGCAGCGAAUCUUCAUCCGCCGAGCUCAAAGUGAUCGAAUUGGCUCCUUCUUUUGCCGCCCAUCCAGUGAUGCCAAAUGAAGGAAUGGUCGGCGGUACAGCCGUCAUGGAAUGCCAGCCCGAAGGAGCACCCAGUCUAACGACGCAAUGGUAUCACGGUUCGACUGCCUUGAGUCCUGGAACUAGUACUUUGGAUCCCGAGACUGGAACUGCCUCUUGCUCCGUCAAACAAUGCACUCUCCCAAACGGAAACCUGCUCAUCGUGAAUUUGGUCGAUUCGGACGCUGGAGAAUACACGUGCGUGGCCACAAACCCACUUGGUGAAGCCCGAUCAAGUGCUUUUCUCACGGUGAUACCAUCGUUGCAGUUCCGUCUCAGUCCAAUGAACCGUGUGGUAUAUCAGAAUUCUACUGUACUGCUUCCAUGCAGAGUCAGUAGCUCUCCAUUCCUCGACGUCAAUUACGCAUGGUAUUUUGAAGGUGUGCAGAUCAAAUUUGAUCGGUUGGAUUUGGACGCACGUCGCUACGAGGUGACUCAGUUUAACAGGCCUUACACGCGUUACUUUGGAACUUUGCGUGUGAGUAAUAUACAGUUUGAGAACGCAGGCCGAUACUCUUGCGUACCACAAACCCCCUUGGGAUCAUUGUCAUCCUAUGGUCUAAUCCGAGUCGCUGGCCCUCCUGGACCUUGCGGAGGAGUUAUCGUGGAUCCACCUUUGGAAACAGGGCAGGUCAAUGUUUCCUGGACCGUCGGAAGCACACAUCUCUUCCGCGUCACUGCUUUCGUGAUCGAGGCGAACACUUUGCUUGAGCCAUCGGACAGGUGGACGGUGAUUGUGUCAAACUUGAGUAUCAGUGAUACCUAUGAACUGCCCGCGUCUGGAAGACGAAGCACGUUCGUGCAAAAUCUGGCGGCCAAUGUUCUAUAUCGACUGCGUAUUCGUGCAAUCAACGCUCUUGGCGUAGGAACUCCGAGCCCGCCAAGUCUGUUUUUCACAACACUGCCUACUGCGCCCACCAAGAUGCCGACCAAUUUGACCGGAGGUGGCGGGAAACAUGGAACCCUUCGAUUCCAGUGGGUUCCAUUAAGUAAAGUGGAUCAGAAUGGUCCGGAUUUCCGGUACCGCGCCCAUGUGAGAGCCAAAGGUAACAAUGAGUACGGUACAUACGAUUUGUACACCGCGAAGCCGAUUGAAGGUGGAACUUAUUUGCAGUAUACACUGACAAUUGGGGACAAUUUGUACUACAAGCCGUACGACGUUCGUUUACAAGCUGUGAACAGAGUGGGAGUGGGCCCAAUCACGGAUCCUGUGACGAUAAUGUCCGCUGCUCGGGUCCCAACCAAUGCCCCAGGAGGAGUUACUGCAGGGGCACUGAAUUCGUCGGCGAUCACCGUAUGGUGGACACAGCCGCUUCCGUCGGAGGGCGAAGGUCCUGUCGGUGGGUAUCAUAUUUUGUACUGGCCUCGCGUUUCGGACUGUCGUUCGGAGAGGUCUGAUAAGGUGCAAUAUCAGUUGGGUCAACGACAGACAGUACAUGGAGAGGUCACCAAAGGAGUGAUUAUCGGGUUGGAUGCGGAUACGUACUACUGUAUUGCGGUACAACUUUUCAAUUCGGCUGGAGAUGGACCUGAAUCCAGCUUCACAGAGCAAACAACUUUCAAGAUUUCUCCACAGCAAUUUCCCACGAUGGUUACGAUCAGUUCAAUUGAUCGACCAAACACAGUUCGUGUCUCUUGGGUUGGCGUCCAAGCGAAUCCGAACGAAGAGUCAGUUGAGGGUUACUGUAUUCGAUACUGGCCAGCGGGAUCUGAAUUCAAAGAAACAUUUAUCGAUGUUGACGUGGGGCUUCAAACAUUCGGUUACGUGGAAGGACUGAAAUCUGGUUUGCGGUACAAUCUUCGCGUUUACGCUUACAGUCGUGGGGGAGUGGGUAAAAUGAGCUGUCCCGUGAACCAGUUCCAAAUCAUUCCCAGCGACCAAUGCGUCCCCGGUGCAACCUGGGAUGGCCCCGACUUUCGUUACAACUUCAUCUGCCGAGGCCACGCAAUCAAAGUCUCUCGGUUGAUUUAUUUCUUAACAGUUCUCUUUCUGCUUCACUUACAAUACUAACAUUCCUUCAGAACCCUGCCGAUCUUACCUGAUCGCCCUGAGAUAUUUUUCCAACGAAUUUUUAAUGCUUAGCACUUUAUAAAAUAUACAUAUCAUGCGGUUGAAAUGAUCCACUGAAUUUGUUCGAUCUUCAAGCUUUCGUUUCUACGCGCACCGGUAAAUGGGCGUCAGUUAUCUACCAUG